AUGAUCUACAACGCGCGCUGGGGCAUUCUAGCCACUGGUGGGAUUGCAAAGACCUUUGUUUCCGAUCUCCUCAAAGAUCCUAAAGCUCGAGGGGCCCUCGACGUCAGCCACACCGUCACCGCAGUCGCCUCGUCGUCCUCCAAGUCCCGCGCUGAAAAUUUCAUUUCCGAGCUCAAUAUCCCCGGGACUCCAUCAGCAUAUGGAUCUUACGAGGAUAUAGUCAAGGACUCUAAUGUCGACAUUGUCUACAUCGCCACCCCUCAUUCCCACCAUUAUCAAAACGCUCGUCUAGCGCUAGAAUCCGGCAAGCAUGUGUUAUGUGAAAAGGCAUUCACCGUUAAUGCGGCCCAAGCAAAGAUUCUGUGCGAGCUCGCCAAGGAGAAGAAUCUUUUCCUGAUGGAAGCUGUGUGGACGCGCUAUUUCCCUCUGAGUAUACAGGUCCGCGAGCUCAUCCAAAAGGGAGAAAUCGGCGAGGUAUUGCGGGUCAUCACUGAUCUUAGUCUUGGAAACUCUGAUUAUUGGGACGCGAGUCACCGGAUGGUCAACUUGGAUCUUGCUGGCGGUGCUCUGCUUGACUUGGGUGUUUACCCCCUGACAUGGGUAUUCCAAACCCUCUACCAUACGCUGCCACCUGCACAACGCCAACCCCCAUCGUCUAUUGUCUCUUCCAUGGCGAAAUACCCUGGCACUGGCGCUGACGAAAGCACUACAAUGAUAAUAACAUUCCCAACAACCACUCCCUCCGGCACCAGCCACGCGCAUCAUCGCACUUCGCACGCUGUCGCCAUGACCGCGUUCGCCGUCGGCACUAACCCAGACCUAAGAAACUCGACAGGCCCGGCGAUUCGGAUUCAGGGUACCAAGGGCGAAAUUCAGGUUGAUGGGCCGGCAUUCCGUCCCUUGCGGUUCCGGGUAAUUCCCAAAAAUGAAAGCGAUACCAAAGUCCGUGAGGUUGAAUGUGCUAUUCCUGAUGGUGAGCGCGGGAUGUAUUGGGAGGCUGAUGAGGCGGCUCGUUGUGUAAGGGAUGGGAAGCUUGAGAGCGAGGGUUUGCCGUGGGAGGAGAGUAUUGUUAUCAUGCAGACCAUGGAUGAAAUCCGGAAACAGCAUGGUCUGGUGUAUCCGGAGAAGAUUGAGUCGACUGAGUAUCCUGUUCAGCUUUAG